AUCAUGUGUUUGCUUCUGUUCUCAGUUUUCCUCAUAAAGAAGAUGGAUUAUUUGUUGGCGAACAAGAACUUGGAUUAGUGAUAGUACCACUAUUCUUGAGACUGGAGGUUCCAAGUUUUUUUUUUUUACGAAACCUGAUUUCAUUACGAAAUAGGAAUGUGAUACAGAGUUUGGACCGAAAUCCAAGAAAGAUGGAGGACAAGCCCAAGUGAACAAAAAGCUACCAAACACACGGAUCAAAACAAGUAAAAAAAUGCUCCACACAACUGACAAAUGAAAAAAAAGAAACCCCAACCCACACAAAAACCCAACGACAACAAGCCCAACCCAAACACAACUCCAUAGAAACCAAACCCCUCACAAACCCUAAGCCCAUGGAAAAACCAACACCACCACACGAAAAGAAGCCGCUGGAGAAAGCCGCCGCACACACCAACCACCACCAGAGACCACCACCAUCGUCAUCAUCAUCGCGAACCCAAGCAACAGCGCCAACCCCACACCAACAGAAACACCACCGCCAAACCCCACAACGAAGAAACCCAACACACAAGCGGAGGAAGAUCCCCACCCCAAGCAGCAAAGUCUCCGACAUCGCUGACCCCGACCUGAAGAACAACCACCAACAAACGAGCGAUAGAGCCAGGCAACGACAAGAGACAACACAAGCCAACACCAAAGGCAUCAAGCCAAAUCCACCGAAUCACUACGCCAUUUUGAGUGAAGCAAGGAGGAAAGCUCCAAAAGUCAAAAGGAAAUUUGUAAAUUGCAAAAACAAUUCCCUCUGUACACCGAGAACGACCUCAAGACCUGACAACAGAUCUAAAGUGUGGAAGAGGAACCAUCUCUGAGGAGAGAUUCAUGGCAAAAUCCACUAGGGAGAAAGCAAAUAUGGAACUGGAAAGACCCACAAAGGGGAUGGAAGAGGAAAGCAAGAAGAUGAAAGGGGAAAAUGGGCUGCCGCCGGUCGCCCGAAAGUGAAGCCGGCGACCCCCCUGGGAGAAUGGAUAAAGGACAGUAAGCGAGAGGUCAGAGGAUUUGAGACUAGUGAGAGGAUCUUUUUGUCUCUCUUUUGUUUGAGGUUCCAAGUUCGCAUCCCUCAAAUAGCACCUUAUAAUGAAAACAAAAUUUUAUA